AUGGAACAAAACAGAGCAGCUAUCAUAAAGGAGCCGCACGGCCCGGUCGUCGUUGAGCCGGUAGAGACCUGGGUUCCAGGUCCUGGAGAAGUCUUGGUACGGAACGAAGCCAUCAGCUUCAAUCCCAUCGAAGCUAAGAUUCAAAAAUGGGACAUGUUCAAGAGCACCUAUCCGGCUAUCACUGGCUUCACCUUCGGCGGCACAGUGCUCCAAGUUGGCCCAGAGGUGACAUCUGUGCAGCCGGGGGAUCGAGUCGCUGUUGCGCGCUGGGGAUGGACAGGAAGCGAGAACAAGUUCGGUGCUUUUCAGAAAUAUCCUCUGGCGCUGGAGCAGAAUUUGAUCAAGCUCGAACCGCACGUUUCGCUCCAUACGGCAGCCGGAGUCAUCGCCAACCUCUCGACGGUGGUGGCCGCACUGUCCAUCUGUAUGGGACUGGAGUUUCCUCCGGUGACGGAGAAGGCGAAGCGUAACGGUCAACGCAUCUUCAUCUACGGUGGAUCAUCAUCAGUCGGUAGUCUUGCAGUGCAGUACGCUUCCGAUGCUGGCUACGACGUGGUCACUACGUCGUCUCCCCAUAACCAGGAGAUGGUUCAAGCGCGAGGGCCGUCCUAUAUUAUUGACCAUACCCAACCGAGAGACAAACUCCUCGCAGACAUCCACGCUCACGAGCCUUACGCGGGGAUCUUUGAUGCCAUCGGUGCCCCUGAGGUGACUGAACUCAUGGGACAGCUGCUUGCAAAAAGUGGAGGGCUGUUCUUUUCGACGAGUCCUACUCCCGUGGAUGACCAGUUGCCAAAGAACGUGGAGAAGAAGUGGUUUGGAUACUCUGAGGUAUUAGUGUCUGAUCCGCAGAACCGAAAUGCCAGGAAGUGGUAUCUGGAAGAGUAUCUGCCUACGGGAUUGCACAAUGGAAUUAUACGCUCUAACCCUGCCUUGCAUGUUCCUGGGGGACUCGAGUCCGUGCAGGAGGCUUUGGACUUGCUGUACGAUGGAAAGGUUAGCGGGAAGAAGGUCUUUGUGAAUCCGCAGGAGUAG